CCCAACUGCAGCUGCAAACGCAACAAGCACUAUCACACAAUGUUUGGGUCCCUCCUGCUCGCCUGUUUGUUUCUACAUCCGGUAGUCUCCAUACCUCAACCGGCCUGCCGUCGAUGCUGUGACCACCUCCUACCACUUGAUGACGCUGCCACGCUCAGAGAAAGCGUGCCUGCAAUGCCCGAGGUCCGCACCUACAUCAACAUGACCAUUCUCAAAGGUGACAAAGGUGAUCGCGGAGAAAGGGGAACUCCUGGGAAGCCUGGGACUGAGGGUUCAGUGGGACCGCAAGGCACUGCAGGACUCAAAGGAGAUAAAGGACAAGCCGGAGCUCCAGGAGAUGCCUGCAAAUCGCAGCAUUCUGCUUUCUCAGUGGGCAGACGGAAGUCCCUUCACAGCAUUGACAACUACCAGGCCCUGGUCUUCGACACCAUCUUCGUGAACUCCCCCGAACACUUCGACAUGUUUGCCGGGAAGUACCGCUGCCAAAUCCCAGGAAUCUACUUCUUCAACGUGAACAUCCACACGUGGAACUUCAAGGAGACCUACCUGCACAUCAUGCAGAACAACAGCGAGAAGGCCAUCGUCUACGCCCAGCCCAGCGACCGCUCCAUCAUGCAGAGCCAGAGCCUCAUGCUGCCCCCUGCGGAGGGAGACGAGGUCUGGGUCCGCCUCCAAGGAGAGCGGGAGAACGCCAUCUACAGCGACGACGUGGACAUCUACAUCACCUUUAACGGAUACCUCAUCAGACCGGAAACCGAGUGAGACCAGAAACGGGGGACGGGGGAGGAAGGCGAGGGUUUGAAAAUGUGCCGAAGUGUUUGAUCAGUGGAGCAGCUUUAACGAAACUGAAAAGCAUCCAAACCGUUCAUAUUCGAUUUCUGCAGUCCAAACUGAAUCCCCUAAUGCAGAGGAAUCUGCUUUUUCUACUUCAGUGUGGGGUCUUGUGUGAAGAGAAGAGGGAAGGUUUCGGUCGGAUUAGCAAAAUGCUAUUAUAUCACAUUAGGACAUAAAACUUUAAAAGCUAGUAUAGUAUAAAACAUCCUCAGCAGGCGUCGGCGGUAAACAAGAUCCGAGCCUAUCGUGCUUGGGCCGCUGUGGUUUGUUUUAAGCUUUAGCACUGUGUCAUGUUGAGCAGUAGAUCAUUUCAUUGGCUAGUUGGGUAGACAUAGGUCACAGCAGCAAACACUGUGAGAUUAUCUAACACUCUCAGAAAAAUUUGGCGGUCUAUUUCUGAUCACAAGAAGGUGACUACAUCCAUCUUCCCUUCCCAGCACAUGUUUGAGAUGGUUUAAGCUUGUUUAGGACCAGCACUGAGGACCUGCUUCACUAUCCAUGCUUCAAAACCUACCUAAGCAGCAUAUGCUGUUUUUUUCCCCACAGGGUUUGAUUUUUGUUGGGACAACCUAAAAUUGUAUAUAGCCUAUCGGGUAUUAAAACGGUCAGCGAGAGUGACCAAAGUUUGUCCAAAAUUGAUUGAUUGGUUUGACAUUUUUAAAACGUUAUUUACAUUUUUUCCUCAAAUGUUUUAGUUGUUUUAGUCUGAAAGUUUGCAAAAUGAUCAAAUCGAACGUUCCCUCACCGUUCACAUAACCGUGUGACCGCAUAAGUAGUUUUAGUUGUUAGCUGGGUCCAUGCGCAGAUUAUGAAGCUCAGCUCGUAUAGAAGUCACUUUCAGGCCGAUGUGAUUUGGGAUAAUUUGCAAAACCAAGAGCUAAAUCUGCAUGGGGAAGGUUUGGUGAGCGUGAUUUCACAGUACAAGGCAUUUGUGGAUCAACAUCCUUGUUAACCCUGGAACAACAUCCCAGUCAACCAAUCAGAUUUAGGAGAUUACUUUUAAGGAAAAGAUCUGUUUUAGGCUUAGAUCAAGGUUAGGUGCUUCUACACCAUUGUUAAUCAUUGUAUCAUAUCCCACUGGUUUUAGGAAUACAUUUUGGGUAGGGUUAGUUUUAAUGGUAAGGAUUGGGAUAAGUUUAUAUUUUUGGACAGUAAUGUUGAUCCAGGAUCAUGACCACUUGUGUUCAGUGUUGGAUGAACCAGGU